AAAACGCGUGCCCCAGACUCCUGCGAGCGUCUCCGCCCGUGAGCCGAGGUGCGGGUGCCGCGGCUCCCUAGCGUUUGGGGCUCAGGCCCCGCGCGCUUCACUCCUUCUCAGCCGCUCCUCUCUAGCUGCGCCUCAGCUGUCUGCUGCCUGCGUGGGCCUGAAGGGCGCCUCCGCACUUAAAGUGUUGGCAUUUUUAAAAUAUUUAAUCAUUCAUGAGUUGAGCUUCAUUCUUGAGUCAUGGAUGACAAGGCUUCUGUUGGAAAAAUCAGUGUCUCCUCAGACUCUGUGUCUACUCUUAAUAGUGAAGAUUUUGUCUUGGUUUCCAGGCAAGGAGAUGAGACACCAUCUACAAAUAAUGGAAGUGAUGACGAGAAAACAGGACUCAAGAUUAUAGGGAAUGGAAGUGAACAGCAGCUGCAAAAAGAGCUAGCAGAUGUGCUGAUGGAUCCUCCAAUGGACGACCAGCCAGGGGACAAGGAGCUUGUGGAAAGGUCACAAUUGGAUGGCGAAGGAGAUGGGCCUCUUUCUAAUCAACUCUCAGCUUCAUCCACCAUUAACCCUGUGUCGUUAGUAGGGCUCCAGAAACCAGAGAUGAGCCUGCCAGUGAAACCUGGACAAGGAGAUUCUGAAGGGUCAAGUCCUUUCACACCAGUGGCUGAUGAGGACAGUGUAGUUUUCAGCAAACUAACUUAUUUAGGCUGUGCCUCAGUAAAUGCUCCCAGGAGUGAAGUGGAAGCCUUAAGAAUGAUGUCCAUCUUAAGGGGCCAGUGUCAGAUUUCACUAGAUGUAACCCUGUCAGUGCCGAACGUAUCUGAAGGAACUGUGAGACUCUUAGAUCCUCAGACAAACACUGAAAUAGCAAACUACCCUAUCUACAAAAUCCUCUUCUGUGUUAGAGGGCAUGAUGGAACUCCUGAGAGUGACUGUUUUGCUUUCACUGAAAGUCAUUACAAUGCAGAGCUCUUCAGAAUACAUGUCUUCCGGUGUGAAAUACAAGAAGCUGUGAGCCGGAUACUUUACAGUUUUGCCACUGCCUUCCGCCGUUCUGCAAAGCAGACCCCCCUGUCAGCAACUACUGCACCUCAGACUCCUGACAGUGACAUCUUUACCUUCUCUGUGUCUUUAGAAAUAAAAGAAGAUGAUGGUAAAGGUUAUUUUAGUGCAGUUCCUAAAGAUAAAGACAGACAGUGCUUUAAACUACGCCAAGGAAUUGAUAAAAAGAUUGUCAUCUAUGUGCAACAAACAACUAAUAAGGAACUUGCCAUUGAAAGGUGUUUUGGUCUUCUCCUUAGCCCAGGAAAAGAUGUACGAAAUAGUGACAUGCACUUGUUAGAUUUGGAAUCUAUGGGCAAAAGUUCAGAUGGAAAGUCCUAUGUUAUUACUGGGAGCUGGAAUCCAAAAUCCCCACAUUUUCAAAUUGUAAAUGAAGAAACUCCUAAAGAUAAAGUGCUGUUUAUGACCACAGCUGUUGAUUUAGUAAUAACAGAAGUGCAGGAGCCUGUUCGCUUUCUCCUAGAGACAAAAGUCCGAGUUUGCUCACCUAAUGAAAGAUUAUUCUGGCCCUUCAGCAAACGUAGUACUACUGAAAAUUUCUUUUUGAAACUAAAACAGAUAAAGCAAAAGGAGAGAAAGAACAAUACUGACACUUUAUACGAAGUUGUUUGCUUGGAAAGUGAAUCAGAGAGAGAGAGGAGGAAAACUACAGCCAGUCCCUCAAUUCGCCUGCCACAGUCUGGAUCUCAGAGUUCAAUGAUACCUUCUCCUCCAGAAGACGAUGAAGAGGAAGAUAACGAUGAACCUCUCUUGAGUGGAUCUGGUGAUGUAUCCAAAGAAUGUGCAGAGAAAAUUCUUGAAACAUGGGGAGAACUGCUGUCUAAAUGGCAUCUUAACUUGAGCGUGAGGCCAAAGCAGUUGUCAUCCUUAGUAAGAAGCGGUGUUCCUGAAGCUCUUCGAGGAGAAGUCUGGCAGCUGCUAGCAGGUUGUCACAACAAUGACCACCUGGUGGAAAAAUACCGAAUUCUCAUCACAAAGGAGUCUCCCCAGGACAGUGCUAUCACUCGUGAUAUUAACCGGACAUUCCCAGCACAUGACUACUUUAAGGACACAGGAGGAGAUGGACAAGACUCCUUAUAUAAAAUAUGCAAGGUAUUUCAUAUGAAAACAAAAAAGACUCAGUUUUUUGUUUUAAUUUUUGGCUGCGUUGGGUCCUCGUUGCUGCGCACGGGCUUUCUCUAUCACAUGCCUGAGGAACAGGCAUUCAGUGUUCUGGUCAAGAUCAUGUUUGACUAUGGUCUCAGGGAACUUUUCAAGCAAAAUUUUGAAGAUUUGCAUUGCAAAUUUUACCAGUUGGAGCGCCUCAUGCAGGAAUACAUUCCUGACUUGUACAACCACUUCCUGGAUAUAAGCCUUGAAGCACACAUGUAUGCCUCCCAGUGGUUUCUUACGCUCUUCACUGCAAAAUUCCCUCUCUACAUGGUCUUCCAUAUCAUCGACCUGCUUUUAUGUGAGGGAAUAAGUGUUAUUUUUAAUGUCGCCCUUGGAUUAUUAAAGACUUCCAAAGAUGACUUGCUAUUGACAGACUUUGAAGGUGCGCUGAAGUUCUUCAGGGUUCAGCUUCCUAAGAGAUAUCGCUCAGAAGAAAAUGCAAAAAAACUGAUGGAAUUAGCUUGCAACAUGAAGAUUAGUCAGAAGAAGUUGAAAAAAUACGAAAAAGAAUAUCACACCAUGAGGGAACAGCAGGCCCAACAAGAAGACCCCAUCGAGCGAUUUGAGCGGGAAAAUAGGCGUCUACAGGAAGCUAACAUGAGGUUGGAACAGGAAAAUGAUGACUUAGCCCAUGAGCUGGUGACCAGUAAGAUUGCACUGCGAAAGGACCUGGAUAACGCUGAGGAAAAGGCAGAUGCACUGAAUAAGGAGCUGCUUAUGACCAAACAGAAAUUGAUUGAUGCAGAGGAAGAGAAAAGACGGCUGGAAGAAGAGUCUGCUCAGUUAAAAGAAAUGUGCCGUCGGGAACUCGACAAGGCAGAAUCUGAGAUUAAAAAAAACAGUUCUAUCAUCGGUGACUACAAGCAGAUUUGUUCUCAGUUGAGUGAAAGAUUAGAGAAGCAGCAGACUGCUAAUAAAGUGGAAAUUGAAAAAAUUCGGCAAAAAGUGGAUGACUGUGAGCGCUGCCGGGAAUUUUUCAACAAAGAAGGGCGCAUAAAGGGCAUCAGCUCAGCUAAGGAAGCUUUGGAUGAGGACACAGAUGAGGAGAAGGAAACACUCAAGAACCAGCUGAGAGAGAUGGAACUGGAACUGGCACAAACCAAGCUGCAGCUGGUGGAAGCUGAGUGUAAGAUCCAGGACUUGGAGCACCAUUUAGGCCUUGCCCUCAACGAGGUACAGGCGGCCAAGAAGACCUGGUUUAACCGAACACUGAGCUCCAUAAAGACGGCAACUGGGGUUCAAGGGAAAGAGACUUGCUGAGAGCAGCUGCUGCCUCCAGACACCUUCAGAAAACAUGACACCUUUUGUUGCCUUCUUUGGCCAGAUGUGUGAUUCUGUGACAUGUCCCAGGACCAGAAUGUACCUAAGUCAGAUCCAUAGAAGCAUGUGGGUAGGUUGUUGGACCAGAGCUCAUGAAGCAGGCAGCCUGUGCGGUAAGGCCCUCCUCACUCCUGAUACUAACAGGCCUGCCGGCUCACCUGCCGCUCUGGACGUUCCAGAAAGUCACUCCUCCGUGUGACCUCCGGGCCUCUUCCCGGCUAGGUCAGCUCCUCACCCAGCCCAGCGGCUGAGUGACAUUAUCAGAGUUUGGGGAUCCUUCAGGCCUUUGGUUUUUUUCUAAACCUUUAAUCUUUUUUUUAAAGAUACACAUAUUAUUAUAUAUUGGGGGAGGUGGGGCAGGGGAUCUGUAGCUCAAAUAAUUAUCUGCUCCAGUGCCAGCAGAGGGUCCUCCAGGUAGACAUGGAGAAGCACUUUGUUUUAAAUAGGAGGGUUUCAUGGUUGUAGGUGAAGCCACCUAGUUUUGUUAAACUAACUCUACGAUGCACAGGUUUUUGGUUUGGCAUUAUUCACAUGUUUCUGAUCAAUUCUAUGCAACUCUCAUAGUUCCUGUUGUUUUUAGUGUUAGCUGCCAAAUGACUCCACAGUGCUGGGGUGGGUGACUUGACCGACUGUCGAGACUGGAUUAAUCAUAACGUGGACAAAUCUUAUUUUGCUUAAUGUGUCGUGUGUGUGUGUAUAUAUAAAUAUCUUUUCCCAAUGCACCCAAUUGACAGUGUUUAAAUCCCAGACUAGGACUGAUCUGCACAACUUAAUUAUGUGGUUAUUUUGGGCACUUAAUUUCACUCAAGGUUUGUCGGGCUCUGCUCUCCACCCUGCUGUCGCGAGAGCUGUGAAGGGCUCCCUCACUUCAAGGUUCUAGUGUUUUUGCACAACAGCUUGUACAAGUGAGAAAGACUGAGGUGUGUGUGUGUGUGUGUGUGUAUGUGUGUGUGUAAAUGUGAGGAUGUGCAGGACACACAUGCCAAGAGGCCCCCGUCCUGCUGGCCUGUGUCCCUGCCUGCCUGGGCCCUCCCCGGAGUGAGGCUGGGUGCAAACCUCGCUGUUCAGAUGGGCUGCAAGUUCUCGCUUCAAAACUAUGGAAUAGAGGUUUUGGCACCUUUUUUUAAACAAAGUAACUUUAGACUUUUAAUUUAUAUAGUGAUAUGCUGACAGGCUGUCUCGCAGAUGACUUUGUCGUCUUCUCUGCGUGCAGUGUGGAGGUCGCUGGUUACAAGAGGCACUGGUUUGUACAUAAAGACACCUGGGUUGUUUUGUAUUUCUUUUCCUGUUGGCUGUAUUAACGCUUGCUGAGGUCAUCUGUGAUCAGGGAGGUAACAAGCGGCAACCCCUGACCCCAAAACCAUCCCCUCCACGGCUUUCUGUGUCUUUCUUGUUCAGUUACCAAAACAGCUGUAAGCCCAUCUAAAACUAGGUGCGUGGACAUUGUGCUAGGGUAGUUUCAGUGUGUCAACUUUAUGAAUUGAAAUAUAAACCAGUAAAAUUGUAUUACUA